AUGCCAAGUACGAUAAACAAGUAUGAACAAGACGACUACAUGCAUCUGGACAAGAAAUCCUUCAGGAUCUUGCGCUCUCGACUGGGAUCCCUGUCCAUACCCGUGGACCCGUUCAAGUCCGAUGUGAAAUUCCUGUCAGAUACAAAUAUGGAAGGUAAUUCUCGAGAGGUAUCGGGAUCGCCGCUCUCGACAUUGGCUUCUCGGGGCGAGCGCCACAUUCGUCCACAAAAGGCAUCGGGUUAUAGUAGCCAUUUCUAG